AUGGACAGAGUUCGAGAUUUCCGAAUAGUUUUACACAAUGAUGAGACUAAAGCUUUAAAUAGUUCUGAACUUAUCAGUUAUUGGAGAACAAGACUCGAGGAUAUUAAAGAAGGAGAAUUGCUUAUGAUAAAUCUGAAACGAAGUGCAAGACUUGUUGGACUAAUAUCAUUAUGUUUGUAUCGACAUAUACCAUUUAUGUUCAAAAGUCAACUGUCACCUACGGACCAUUUUGACCCGAAAUGGAUUCUUAACGACAACGAACUUUUUCUUAAAAAUGAGAACGCAAGAGGCCAUCCAGACAUUUGUUAUGUCAUUACAACAUCCGGUUCCACUGGUAUUCCAAAAACUGUGGGCGUUACAAAGUCCUGCAUUUGGGCGAAUAUCCAAGACUUUAUCGAAAGGUUCCAAAUCACAUCUUCGGACAAAGUUGCGUUUCUAACUUCUCUUUACUUUGACCCUUCUAUAGUCGAGCUCUUUUUACCAAUUUGUACAGGAGCUACUUUACUCUUUUUCGAUGAUGAGUGUCGUUCAUCUCCGGAGCAAGUUGAUGUUGCUAUCAGGAAGUAUUGCCCUACUGUCCUACAGUUAACACCAAGUUUUCUGUGUUUACUAAGCGAAGAUGCUCUUCAUUUCAUUCUGGGACCAGAGUCUCCAUUGAGGAUUCUUCUUGUUGGAGGGGAAAAGUUUCCACUGGAAUUAGUAAAACGUUUUCGGCAUCAUGACUGCCGCACGAGAGUUUUCGAUUGCUAUGGUGUAACUGAAAUGUCUUGCUGGGCCACAGUUUUCGAAGUUUCUCACGAAUGCAAUGAGGUUCACUUGGGAGAUCCUAUCAAAAAUACCAAUUUUCGGAUAGCAAAUGAUAAUGAGUUGGUAUUAACUGGGAACCGUUUGUGCUUUAUAGACGGAAAGGAAUGCUAUGAAGCUCAUACAGGAGACCUGGUAGAAAUGUGUAAUUUUGGAACACGAAUAGUUGGUAGAAAAGAUGACUUGAUCAAAUUGAAUGGUGUUCGUUUCCAUCCUGAGAGCCUUGUAAACCAGAUUUUGGAGCAUUUCCCCCAUGUUCGGAAUGCGAAACUAGUUGUAUAUAAACAGAAGUUCCUUAUUCUAUUUUUGGUGGCAGACAAGGAAUUGACGAUGAAAGAGCUAUCUCCCAUAUUUCCACCUUUGCUGUUUCCAACGAGAGUUAUACAUCUUGAUUCUCUCCCGGUGACUCGGAAUGGGAAGAUCGACGUGAGGAGUUUGCUUUCUUCGAUCAACAAUCCCCAGAACUUUACACAUGAUCUCCAAAAAUUCUUGAUAGAACGGAACAUGAGAUCAAAAGACAUUCAUUCGAAAUCAUUCGUGGAAUUUGGAAUCACAUCAGUUGACGCGGCAGAACUGUCGUUGAUUCUGAGAAACACAGAAGUUCUGCAAGAUGUUUUAUCGUCCCCUCUGACUGCUUACAGUUUUUUGCGCAAGUAUAACGUUGAAUUACUGAAUGAUAUGGAAUUCACAAUCGUUCCUUGUGAGGUUCAAAGUAUGGAGGAAAACUUUUUGAGGCUUACACUGGCUUACAAUAUGAAAAAAUGUAUCGAUAGCACGCCGAUCUCGCUCAAGAUACAAGAAACUGAUGUGAUUAUUGCCUGUUCUCAUGCUGGUAUUGUUGUCUGUAUCUCUCUCAACAGUCUGCAAGUGGUUUGGAAAAUAGUCUUACCAGCUCGUAUCGAAGGCUCUCCUGCUCUUUGUGAUACUUCUGUUUGUUGCAUUGGUGGCUUCAAUGGUGUUCUCUACUUCAUCGAUGUCGUAGACGGAAAGGUUGUUUGGGAAUUCCAAACUUCUGAUCAAAUCAAAGGUACUGCAGUUGCCAAUUCUCUGGCAGAGGUUUUUGUUAUAUCAUAUGACACAUAUCUCUACAAACUGAAUUAUAAGAAUCAUGAGAUGAUUUGGAAAACCAAACUAACAAGUGGUUCUUCUUCUCCUCCUGUCCUUGUUAAGAAUGAAACUCAUCUUCUGUGCUCGACGAUAAAAGGAACUGUGGAAUUGGUUGAAAGCGAAUAUGGGUACGUGCAGUAUGUGUACACAGGAAAAGCUCCAAUCUUCUCGCCAGCUCUAGUUCCUAAUGAAAGUUAUGCAAUCAUAACAAGUGUAGAUGGCACUAUUACCAAGCUUGAUAUUGAGAGAGGUAUACAGAUAAGCCAGGCGGGAGUUCAAGAGCCCAUAUUCUCUCAAGCCUUUUCAAUAGGAGACCUUAUCAUUAUCACAACACAGAAAGGCGGAAUUUUCGUUUUCAAUACUGAGCUCUUUUUAGUUUCUUCUUUCAAACUACGAGAUUCAUCUUUUGUAAAGUCUGUUUUUGAGUUUUCACCAACACACUUAGGGCUAAUAUCUACGAACGGACGAAUGUACAAGUUCGAGAAAACAAUACUUGAGAUGUCUUCAAGUGAAUUAAGAACUAUCACCUUCGAUUACUGCCAGCUAGCCGCUGGUCAAAUAUUCUCACAUCCGUGCUUGACUUCUGACAACAGUGCCUGUUUGCUCGUCGUUGGGAGUCGUGAUGACUGGCUACGAUGUUGGCGGAAAUAA